UUUAUCAUGAUAGAGGGCUGCGAUAGUCAUGUAUAGGUCCAGACUCGGGUAAACACAACAGCAUGACUACACAAACAUGUCGCUAGGGGUUUAUCUUAUAUUUAAAGCAAUGCGGCGGCGACUUGUGCCAGCAAUAUUCCAGAGAGAGUACUGAGAGUUCAUAACGGAUUGUCUGUAGCAGUGAUAGGCGGCUAAGCUGUUGGCAAAAAUGGCAUUCUUCAAACUUUUGCACCUAACAGUCGCCAUUAUGUGUCGAUGUCUGUUCGUAUCAGGAAAUAUUCCAUAUACUAACUAUGAGUAUGAAAUUGACACGAUACCUAGUGAUAUCAAAGAAGGGUAUGUACUUCCGGACGCCCAGCAUGGAUCCAUGGUCCGGCUACACUCAAUCGAGAACGACAUCCGGAAGGGAGUAGAUACAGAAUAUAUCCGGCUGGAUGUGAAGGGGAAUAUCAUCGGGGUUAAUGAAAGUUUCCUGGUCGUUGGCACCGACGCAUUCAUGAUCGAUGACGACAACUUCUUGGUGGUUAAUAAUUCGGAGGAUAUAGAGACUUCGACUGAAGUUAUUUUCAAUGUCUUUUUGGUCAGUGAAAGCGACCAUAAAAUCCUUUCAAACGCCCUGCCGUUAGCCGUUCACCGAGACAAGCGUGUUGAGGAUAAGAGUGUGAAAGAAUACUCAUCAGGCGCCGCCAUCUUUGCGGGAGUGCUUGUUCUAUUUAUAGUGUUUAUGGCUCUAUUAAUUCCAUUGGUCAUUCGUGCCAAACGGCGUUUGCAGGAAGGAAAACACCCUUUCAAACUUGGAAGUCACCCAUCUACAGCAAAUUUAAACACUGACGAGGUACUUGGAAUACCACCAAAGGACUCUAGCGAGCCAAACUGGUACAACAAUACGGUUUUUAACUACGAAGAUGAAGUACGGAGAGAAAAGUCCGAGUUCACACAUGAUAUAAUAGCCAUCGGCGAUAGAGACAAAGUGGACUCACUACAGCUAAACAAAAAGCAAUUGGAGGAAAUAAAACCUACCCAGACGGAGGAAAAAUCAGAGGAAAAUGGCGUAAAAGGAAUUUUGAAAAAUGGAACCAAUCACAUCAAAACCACUGCUACUAUAGAGACGACAGAGUCCAAACUGUGAAUAUAUAUAUAUGAGUUCGAUUAGUGGCAUAUUUACUUUCUGAAUCAGCUACAUAGUGUUGUCUUUAUUUGUUAAUUAAGUACAAGAAUUAUACAUAAGCUUCAAUGCACAAGAAUCGAAAUGUAAAUUUCUUACCAAAUUUGUUGGAUGUGGCUUUGGUAUGGUCACCAUUGUUUGAAUUUUGGAUAUAUUUUAGCUGAUCUUUAUUAACUUACACUUUAUUAAUAACAAACUGAAAAGUUACGGUAGAAGUAUGGAAUAUGUGGGUAUUUUUGUUAGCCAAUCUGAUUUUGAUUUUUACAACUAGUUAUUUUCAUUUCGUACUUUUCCUAUGUUCAUCGAUUGAAUGACGUUUUCAUCAGCUCAAUGUAUUAUUGCAGAUGCAAUAUCUAAAUGUUUUAACUACGAUGUUUGUAUAUUUCCCCACCGAACAGUCACCAAACUGAUGUAAUUCCAAUCAUGUUACAUUAUGAAAAAGAACACAGUUUUGAAACUGACAAGUAACAUAUUUGUUAUGUACAGUAUAUAUUUGAGAUGAAUUACAUCUGAUAGCGGGAAUGGUCUUUUACCCCGAGAUACGAAGUUAAACUUGGUUAUGUAUUAAGUUAUAAAAUUGUACAAAGAGGAAGGAAGGUCUAUCUGGUUGGUGAUAGUUAAGGGAGUAGUUGAGCUGACACGAGAAAUGUUUCCCAAUUUGUAUUGAAUACUAUGUAUCAAUAUGUACUAUGUAUUUCAUCUAGGAAUUACGUUAAUGUACAGGGAUAAAGUUAUGAAACUAUAUAAUCUAGCCAACUGAUAUAUGUAUUGUGUAUGGUGCUGGUGAAAGGAUGCUAGCUGUGGAUGAUACAACGAUGUAUUUUAAACAGGUAUUUAAAAUAACAAUCCUAUUUAAUGAAAAGUUGUUAGGUUGUUUCCUUACAUAACCAUUAUAGAUAUAGAUAUAUGUAAAUGCUACUUAUUAUGAAUAUCAUUGUGAUAUUAUUAUGUUCAAUGUGCAUAAGAUAUAUAUAACACUUUGUUACGUAAAUAAAUGAUAGA